UGUCCUGCUCCCGAGCCUUGUCCUGCUCAGCGUCCGUGGCAGCACCAUGGCUCUCCGCCCCUUCCUGCUGCUGCUGCUGGCUGCCUCCCUCCUCAUCGCCCAGGCUCAAGGCAUUGGAAGCUCAGCCUUGGACUGCUGCCUGAAGAACAGGCCUUUGAAGAAGGAAAUCCUCGGUGUGGUGACAUCCUACCACCACCGGGGACCCGAGUCAGGGUGUUACCUCCAUUCUGUUGUGCUCAUCACCAAGAAGAACAGGAAAAUCUGUGCCUCUCCCACUGACGACACUGUCCAGAAGUUGAUUCAGCAGCUGGACAGGAGGGCCAAGAAUAACAAGAAUAGGAAGAAGGGGCAGACCCAGCAUCCCAGGGGCAGACCCAAGAAGCAGAGGCGGCAGCGGGUCUAAGUCAGGCCUGAAGAGGACGGAUGCCUUCCCACUGGUGACUGACCCACGGCAAUGGCAAUGGACACACACAAACCACACACCCACCCACCCGCCAGCCCCAGGGCGGGGAUGGGGCAGGCUGAGGAGGAUUCCCUCUGCCCCACCACCUCUUUGUUGCUGCUAUGCCUGACACAGAGAUCCCCCAGCACCUGCAGUGCCUGGGCGCUCUCAGCAAAGCAGGCACCGAGGUCCUCGCUUGUCCCAUGGCCAUAUGAGUGGAGACCUGGGCGUGGGAGCUGAGCCAUGGCCUCUAGAGGGAAGUGGACAUGCUUCCCACUCAAUGGGAGUUAUUUAG